AGUACCCUAUGGUCCACAACAUUCUUCCACACACUCUUUCAAAGUUUCUCUCUCACACCCCCUUUUUCCCCUUAUAAAACCCCCUUUCCCUUCCCUCAUUUUUCAUCACCAAAAUCUCACAAACAACAAAGCCAAAAAACACAAGUUUUUUCACCGACCCUUUUGCUUAAUUUGUUCAAUUCUCCCACUACUACAAUGUUCAAUCAAGAGAAACUGAUGCAUUACCAAGUAGAACCAUCAUGGAGCUACUACAUGAGAGUAAGAACAAUGGAAGAAGAUCAAAUGGAGAGAAUAAUGAGGAUAGCUACACAAAGUGCUGUUGUGAUAUUCAGCAUAAGUAGUUGUUGUAUGUGCCAUGCAAUGAAGAGUUUGUUCUGUGGAAUGGGAGUGAAUGCAAUGGUUCAUGAAGUUGAUGAAGAUCCUAAAGGGAAACAAAUGAAAAGAGCAUUGAUGAGGUUACUUGGAAAUUCAACAUCACUUCCAGUUGUUUUCAUUGGUGGCAAAUUAGUUGGUUCUAUGGAUAGAGUUUUGGCUUUUCAUAUUAAUGGUUCUCUUGUUCCACUUCUCAAAGAUGCUGGUGCUUUAUGGCUUUAAUUAAUAUGAUUAGUGAUCAUAAGCACUUACUUGCAGUAAAUGUAGCUAAGACUGAUAACUGUAGUGAUAUAUGAGCAUCCAGCUAGAUUCAGUAGAAAAAAUUGUCUGAUAACUGAGGCUUGCAACUCUUGACUAACUGAAUUUUAAGUAGCAGAAUAUAGCUAUUAGUAUUUUAUUUUUUUUGAACAAGCAAUGUAGCUAAUAGUUGAAAUUAGUUUGGCAUAAAGUUAGUUGGGUUGUGCUAAUGAGUGUUCUUGAUGAGUUUAAUGAACCCAAACUAAUUU